CGCGCCGCCCUCUCGGUUCCCCCAGAGGCUUCCCGUGCGCUUAAUUCGGAGCCUGUCCACAGUUUCAGGGUGGAAGGAACCGCCGUGGGCCUGCGUUGGGCUGGUUUUGAGGGGGGGGGAAAAAACCACUUGGUCUAUUCUUCAUCCAAUAAAGUGGAAAAGGAGCUUUCGGUUUGAAUCUUGCUGCAAUCUGGCCCAGAUUAUAGGUUAUUUCUGGUGAUCUUUAAAAAAAUAGAGAGAGAGAGGAAAGAUCCGUUUGGCACAGCAUUGCUGUGUUUCGAUUAGCGUUGGUGGGGAGCGAAGCCUGAAGGAGAUGCGUAAGCGUGGACCGCGGAGCAAAAAGCACGAGGAGGGCCCUUCUGUGCCUCUUUCAUCCCGUUUAAAGCGGUGUUCAUCAACCUCGGUAAACUUUUCAGACGUACGGACUUCAACUCCCAGGAUUCCCCAGCCAGCAAGGAAUUCUGGGAAUUGAAGUCCACUCUUAUUAAAAGUUGCUGUGAUUGAGAAACAGUGCCCCACUGGGUCCCCGCUCCCCUCCCUUCUACGAUUGACGUAACUGGAAGUCCCCCUCAGGUCUUUCCCCCAAGGAGCGAAAGGACGCGAGGCAACCCGUAAAGCUCACCUGCGAAGGUCUUCAUGGGAGUUGGGCCUUCAUGCUUGUUUAUUGUUAAUAUGCAGAUGAGCGUCAGCUGCUAGGAUGGUUUUAAAGGGUGUUAGGCAACUAGAAGGUUAGCUUGGUCCCAAAGCAUUGCUGGCCAUGGGUAUUUGGGGGGGGGGGGAGGCUAUGUCACGUGUGUCUUUUUGUCCCGGAAAAUGUACCAUUUCAUUUUGUUUCAAGCUGACAAUAAUAACCAGGUGAUUUUCAACUUUUUUUCAGGAACACAAAAUGGAUGUGUUGAGCCACUGAUAGCCUUUAAUCCAGCGCAUUUAAUUAAAAAAAAAUAGAGAAGGGGAAUAGGGCCAAAUUUUAAAAAUUCUAUCCCAACUUCUCCAGUGACAUUCUAACAUCAUCUCUGCCUUUUGGGGUCUUUGUCAGUUGACAAGAGGGAAAUUGAUUUUGAUUGCUUGUAUGUCAAAUGGAUAUUGACUUUGAACAACCACAUAAACACUCAUCUAGGACAAAGAGAGACUACCUGCUGCAAAAAGUUCUGUGUUCAUCCAGGAUCAAAGGCAAUGAAUCUGAAAGUAACAAUUUCAGGGUCGUAAUAGUGGUGGUGUUGGGGCUAUUGCUUCUCCAGUCCUGCUUCUGAGCUUCCUUGAUGGUUACUGUAGGAAUAUGUGCCUGAAUUAAAAAGUGCAGUAUUUAAUCUGACCUAGGAGAUUUUUUCUCAGGUUUUAAAAAUUAAAGAUGUCUGUUAUAUACCAAAGAAAGAAAGAAAGAAAGAAAGAAAGAAAGAAAGAAAGAAAGAAAGAAAGAAAGAAAGAAAAGCCCAGACAAAGCAUGCAUGUCUUCUGCGGCAUCUCCCUUAAACUGGUAUCUGUCCGAAUACUUCCUUGAAAAGGAGAACUGUCUGGGUUGUCAUUUUUAUUUUUCAUGCUGAAAAGAGAAAUGCAAAGUGAAUUCAUGGUUCAGCAGCCUGCUGGGCUUUUUAAUUAGUGGACUAUGAGACUGGAUUUUUUUUAAGCUCCAAGGAAUGACAUAUGGGGAGAAGAUGGCAAAGACAGAAGCAGUAGAGUGCUUUUCCCUGUAUGACAUCAGUGCUAUUGUUUAUACCAAAUCCACGCAUCGAAUUAUUUUGCCCAUGAUUGCUGAACUUUACAAUUUAAUAAUAGCAAUUGAGCAGAGAGAAAUUACCCAUGAAGCUUUUGCCAAUUUAGAGGCAACUGCAGAAGAAUUAGCAAAAGCUACGGAAGAACUUGGCUGUAUUGCUGGAAGGCUGGCUGAAAAAUCUGGUGAUGAGGUCCUUGAGAAGAAGAUGGUGCCAGCAACUCAAACUCUCCUGGUAUCAGGGAAAAACAUCCUUCUUGCUGUUCAGAAGCUUCUCAUUCAACCCGAUGCUUGCAGCUCUGUAGAAGAAUUGGCUGUUUCUGCAAAAAGGAUACUUGUGGGAACCAUAAAAGUUCUCUGGGCACAAGAGGAUUUCACCAUCAGGCGGAUAAUCCAAGCUGCUCGUUGGCUAUUUGAUUGCCUGCUGAUGCUGGAUUCUGCUAAAGAUGUAUCAGCAGUGCUAAGUGCUUCUCGCUCCUUUUCAGAGGCUCUUCUGUUACUCACCAAUCUGACAGAAAGACUCCUUUGGGAUCUUAAAGAAUCUUUGCAGCGGAAACAUUUAGCUCAAACCCUGCAGACCCUUAAAAACAGCAUCCCUAUGUUAUUCACAGCAAAAGUCAGCCACCUUCAGUAUCCCCAUGAGCAGCAAAUGAACCAAUCAAAAAAUUAUAUUUUUGACUUAGCAAAAAGUAGUGUAAAAAAAUUGAUAUCCCUGUUGAAGAGCAACAUAGGAAGAACAAAAAAACUGCAUGAAAGGUAUGGCUUUUUCCCCCAGCAUUUGCAUCAAUUUCUAGGCCUUAUGUCUAGUCCACAGCCAAUUCAUCUACGUGAAGAUAAAUUAAACUUACCUGUAGAAGUUCUAAUUUUCUAUUGCAUGCUGUUUGCUGAUUCAUCAAGAGCAACUCUAAAGCAAGAGCUAAUUCAACUUUGUCGUCAUUUACUGAAAUUCAGAAAAGUGAUUGUUGUGGAUGUAAGCACGUUUAAUGGCUUUCCAAAGGAAAAUAUGAAAGAGGAAUGUUUUGCCAUGAAAACCGAAUUGGAACAUCUUAAUCAAGUAAUACGUUCUGCUGUUAUCUAUCAGAUUUUGGAUAAUUUGGUUGAUAUUAAAGACCCCAUGAGGAGGCUGAUAGAAGCUGCUGUGGAGCCAUGUUCUCAUGUUGGAAAGGAAGGCCUCCUAAGAAAAUUGAAACCUUUGAUUACCACAUUCUUCAGACAUUCCACCCAGAUGCUUAAAGCAGCCAAUUUGAUUCUUGUUACAUGCACUGAAAGGGAAACUGUUGAAGAUAUUGAACAGUGUAUAGACCAAUUUAAUAGACUUCUUGCCACAGUGCCUGGUGUCCUGAGUGAACUGAGUCUUUUUCCAGGAAAUGGUGAUGUGUCUAAAAAAUUAAACUUCUUGUCUCAAAUAUGGUCAAGCACAACAGAAAGUUUGAUGAUGUGUUUGGACAAAAUACUUGAUUUGCAUGAAUUCCUUGAUGCAUCUGUUCAAGAGAUGGUGAGACACAAAGAGGCAAGUGAAAAAGCUUUAGAUAUGCAGCACUUCGAACAUUUUUUUUGGCACACGUCUAGAUUGUGCAGACAAGCAACACAGAUAGUUGAGUUCAUUAGUAGAUUUGUGGCCAAAGCCAGAGAUCCCAUUUUCCGGAAUGGCCUCUUGGUUUUCAUUAAACAACUGAAAAAUGCCAUAACACAGACAGAAGUUAGCAUAAAUUCGUGUAUGGCAAGAAUGACCAGUGUGCAAGCUAAAGAAGAAUAUUCAAAGAGGACAAAGGAAUUGAUAGAGUUUGCUUGUAAUGUCCAAAAGGGGCUAGAUGAAUGUAAUCAGCCGGAUAUUCUUAGUCCACUUCGGGAUGGUGUCCAUGAUUUCAAUAUUUCCAUAGAUUUUCCAAAUGCCCUUGCUUCACAGGAUUCUAUAGAAUUUAGUACACAAAGUUUCAUAAAACAAAAUAGCUCAAAUAAUGCAGAAUUGCUGGUCGAGUCUUUGGAGAAAUUUAAACCAGCCUAUUGUCCUUUUCCGGAAUUUCCCCCCCAAAAUAUUAUAUACCAGAAAGAUGAAGUCAGAAGAGUUGAUUUACACCCACUGAUUAGAGAGCUGACAACAGCAACAAGUCUACAUGAUGCCAUACGCCUGAAUGGUAUUUGUGCUGAUUUGCUGGAACUUGCUAACACUUGUAUUGAUGCAGCUAAAGAAGCCUUACGGAUUGUUGAGUCACCUCUCUCUGAUAAACUAUUGCAUUAUAAAGAAAUAGUGGGGUUAAUCCCUCAUUUUAUUGGAUUAGCUAGAGAAGUAGAGGCAAACCCUGUUCUCAAUUCAGAGCAACUGCUGCAAACAGCUAUUUUGCUUUCUGAGAAGAUUGACGAGACAAAGCACAGUCUGACUUUUGUUGUAAGUUCUUGGUACAGGCUGGCAAGGCAAUUAAUUGGCUUUAUGCCUCCAUGUGGUUCUCAUGACAAAAUCCAAAGUUUUGAUGAGAUCAUGGAUAUUUUAGAGAUGCUGGUUCAGUUAAUUAGCAAAGUGGUCCAUUCAGAUGACAGAAAAUUGCUUCCCGGGUGUUUCAGCCUUCAGGAAAUUUUCCUACGAGUUCAAACUAAGUUUACUUGUGUACAAACCAGAACAAAAUACCUGCUUGAAAAAGCACAGGAUAUUAGUAGAUCUCCUCCUGAUUUCGCUAAACAGGACAGAUUUGAUGCAAGUUGCAUUCUGUGGUCUGUUACCAUCCAAGCAUUGUUAAAUAUUGUAGAUCAGUUUAUAGGAAGAGAUGUAUUGGCCUUAAAAGAGUUACAAACUAAAAUGAAAUACCGGCUUUGUUUGCAGAGCACGCUGACAACAGUAUCUGAAAAUUCUAUUAGAAUACAGGAAGCUGCUAAGUUGUCAAUUCUGUUAUGUGCUAGACAAGGUAUUGAGAAUGAGAUUCCAUCUCAAACAGAACAGAUCAAAAUAUUAACAGAAUCUCUGCUUCAAGUUGCAAAUGCUCUGGCAGUCUCGCCAAUAGCUGCUCCCAGUUUAUUGGUUCAGUUUGAGGUUCUCCAAAGAAAACUUGCCUUAACAGCCAAAGCCGUCUUGCUCCAACUGAAUGGACUCAAUGGAGAAUACUUGAGCAGCAUCCAGAGUGUUGUCAGAUUAAGCCAAUUUAUAUCACAUGGCACUGGAAGUAACAGUGACCUCAUCCAAAAGGAGACCUUUGGAAGAAAGGCAGCCUUCCUCAAAGCAAAUAUCCAAAUGGUGGACAAAGUCAUCCGGGAUGCACUGGAGGAACCAUCCAAAUUUCUAAAGCCGAAAGAGAGCUUACUUGCCACUACAGGGAACCUUCUCCUCCUUACUGAUGAAAUUAUGGGAGUAGCUGGACAAUUCCACAGCCAACUAGACCAGCAUCAUCAUCUGGUAGAUAGUCUUCUGUAUGAGUGGUCUGCCAAAGCUGGUUAUCUUGUGAGACAGCUUCAGUCCACUAAGGGCAUCAGUGAAACAGUUCUGCAAGUUGUUAGAAGGUGCUUACAAAAUGAUGAGGAACAUAUUUACUCCAUCCAGCCUUCCUCGUUGAAGAAAGAAGAUUGCACGCAGCAUCAGAACAUCCCAUCCCCAGGCCACAAAGCCAUCAAGGCUGGAGAAGGAUUUUUUUCUGCCAGUAACAAAAUUACCAUGUAUCGGGAAGAUCUUCCAAGUGAUUUCCAGUCUAGUCACUCUGAAUGCAGUUUGAGAUCCAGUCCAACCUCCUCACUGGGAGACUCGGAGAAUCAUGGCUGUCUUAUUUCACAAAUAAUCGAGGAAAUGAGAGUCCAAGUGUCAUACAUGGCCCAGUUUCUAAAAAGGAAAGGGCCAAUCAUGACCAAAGAAGAAGUCAUUGCCACUGCUAUUCAAGUUAUUGCUGAAGGGGAAGCACUGGUGAAAUUUGCUGGCAGAAUUACAAAGGAUUGCUUAAAUGAAAGAUGUGCAGCUGAACUGCUGUGUGCCUUGGAGAAAACCAAAACAAUUAACUAUCAACUUAGCAUCAUUACCCGGGUAAUUGCAUCAACAGGUAGCAGUAGAUCGUCUGUGGAACACCUUGUAAGCAAUGCUCAAAAUCUCUUCCAGGGAGUUCUUCAAAUGUUUAUGGCAGCAGAAGCAGCUUGUGUCAAAGGUUUGCAACACCCAUCCCCUGAUACAGAAGAAUCAAAUACAGCUACAUUUUGCAGCCAAUGGAGGAAGAAUCUUCGUUGGUAUGGGGCCAAGGAAAGUUUGAAUUCAGACAAAGAGGAGUUGGGACUCUGCAAAACAGAACUGUGGCCCAGCCCACUUUCACCUCUGUGAUCUUGGAACUUCAUUAUAAUAGCAAUAAAUAGUCCAGUCCCUCUACAUACAGAUAGUGGUAGUCCUCACUUAGCAACUGCUUCAUUCAACAAUCAUUCAAAAUUAUAACGAUGCUGAAAAAAUGACUUUAGAACCAAUGCCCACAUUUAUAACCUUUGCAGCAUCCCCAGUCACGUGAUUGCCAUUAUAGCCACUAUAUGUUGCCCUCUGUCCUGACCUGUUGUUUUUCUUUUUUUUUCUCCCUGGUAGAGUGGAGCAAUAGGGAAUACAAGAGACUAAGCUGGCACACCAUCAGGAAUACACCUGAUUGUUUGCCUAGCAUACUCAUGGUUUCAGCCACAUUCCUUUCAAUCCUUCUCUCCAAUCAAUGUAACUAGAAACAUUCCCUUCUUCUUGCUAAUUAUCCCAUUAGUGCUAUGAGCAGUCCAGAGAGUGGAGGAGUAGGAAAAAGGAAAGCACAGUCACAUGAUUUCCCAUGCUUAACAAUGGAGCUGCUGAUCCCAAUUUUGGUCAUUAAGUGAGGUCUGCCAGUAUGAUGAAACUACUGAAGGUAUAAAGCUUAAGCACAAUUAGAAAAAAUAGCAUUAAAAUAGGGAGUUAGGAUGAGUAAGGAAACAUGUUAUCUAAGACAGUUUCAUCCCACUGAUUUCCCUCCAGAUUUAUUGACUGCCAAGUCCUAUGUUCUCUGGAGUCCUUGGUGCUCUUUGAUGUUGUUACCAGUUGGGUAAUGAAGCAUCUGCAAGCACACAAGGGAGCUAAAAGAGCUAAGGGAGCUAAGAGAGCACCAAAGACAACACAAUUCAAGUCUUUAACUACUUGUAUUCUUUUCUAUUGGAUCCUAUGAUCUCUACCUCGCAUGAUUUGGACAAAGAGGAUUGAAUUCGAAGAAAUGAGCUUCUAGAUGUAACAUGUUUUCUGCUUUCCAUAACCCAUAGGAACAUUUAUUUUUGUCUCUAUUAGUUUUUGCUUACAUAGAAUGUCACAGGGAAUAUUAUUGCUUGCAUGAUCUUGACCUUGGUAGGUGGACACAUCACAGCAUUUGAGUAUCUUUUCCAAGGCUUUCAUGGUGGCACUACCAAGUACCACUCUGUGACAUAUUUGUUGACUGCAUGUUUCUUUACUGCUGAUGGUUAAUUCUUAAAGCAUUAGCUAUCACUCCAAAAUCUUGGCAAAGAUUCCCAAAGUAAGAUCCUAUCCCAAAAGACUGAAUGCUGUCAUAAAAUCAAAAAAUGCUUCAAGAAAGAAUUAAAGCGUGUGCACACUUAUACAUUAUUGUAUAUAUUUUUUUGUUAUUCUUCCCCCUAAAAGAUUUGUUUCUUUUUCAAUUAAAGUGGACAGUUUAUGUGAUAUUAAAGGUGGAAAAAAUUCUGAAGUGA